AUGAACUGCAAAAAGUGUACCACGUUAAUUGUUCCGAGAGACAAUAUCAUCGAUUGCGAUGGGUUUUGUUCCGAUCGAUACCAUGCCGAAUGCGUUGCAUUGACCGUUGCUGAGGUGCUAAGCUGCAACAAACAUCGCAAUAUUUUUUGGAUGUGUACUCCAUGCGCGGAUAUAAUGAGCGAUGUUCGGAAUUUUGGAGCAUUCCGCGAUAAAAGACAGGCUAUAUCUGAUGCUGAUUGUUUUGUUCCUAUACGUGCUGCUUCUGUUGCUGUGCACACAAAAUCGCAAACGGAUGAAAACAAUUCGAAUUAUCUCGAAGAGAUUAGCAAACUGAAACAACAGAUUGCAGACAUUCAAGAAUCUGUUGCUGAGAUUUGCCGAUUCCGUCCCGACGCUACAUCUGCACUGGAAAAUUCUCCAGAUCUGUCGUCUUCAAUGUCAUCAACCAAACUAUUGCAAGGCACCAGUAUCGUAUCAAGAUUUACGCACUCUUCGACGAAGAAAAAUUCUGUUUCAUCUCGCUGCUGGCUUUUCUUCACACGAAUAAAAAACACUGUUAGUGAAAACGAAAUCACCGCUAUGGUUGCGGAGGCAUUAGGGAGUAAUGAUGUCAUCGUAAAAAGGUUGGUGCCUGAGUGGAAGGAUGUGGCAUCAAUGCCUUUCAUCUCCUUCAAGGUGGGAGUCGACUCGAAGCUAAAACGGAUUGCAUUGGCUCCAACUACUUGGCCUCACGGAAUUUGUUUCCGGGAAUUUCAUGAGCAGUUCAGCGUUUGGAGUCCAUGA